AUGUUGUCUUUCGAUACGCGGUUCUUAUGGAUCUGUUUGGUGGUCAUGAGUGGCGCGACGGGUCAGACGAGCCCAGCGGCCGGCGGUGGCGGCGGUGCUGGUGGUGGGGGCACAACGGGCGGUGGGCCACAGAUCGCGUCGUCAACUCCGGCUCCGGGAUCUUCCUUUGACUUUUGCGCGAUUGUGUCGGAGAAGUUCGCGAAGAAUAUCUCGCGAGUGUUUACGAUGGAUGACUACAUACUCGCGGGCGGUGACGGAACCCUGUUCUACAUUAUCAAAACCAAUACUUCAGGCCCGGACUGGAAGUACUAUUUUGGACGUAACGCCAGCGAUUUUAUCCCCGAAUCGAAGCCAUUUACCGACAUCACGGGUGCGCUGUAUUUCGGUCAGCAAUGCAAACAAGGGGGCGGACAGGACUGCAGCUUUAUGACCGCGGCCAACUACAAGGCUCUGUUGGUGGGUCAGGACAACCCUGUAGGGUCGACACCACCCAAGUAUGCCUACCAGGCCUAUACUGUGGCCGUCGUAGCGGAUCCCGAUUUUGUGAAUCAAGGUGUGCAUAAAGAUCCGUUCGUCGCCGUCAAAGAUGACAGUCAAAUGCCGUGGGGAUUGCCCGCCAAGAGUCCCAUUUCUGGCACCAGUAAGUUCUUCCCCAUUGACACCGACUACUCGUAUUUGGGCGCCGCGUACGACCCGACCCAACAGGUGGUCUUCGUGUUGACUUAUCACGACAUCUUGAGUAAUGGUAUCCUCAAGAGUAUGCUUAAGAGGCUGCCGUGGAUCGGCUCACGCCUCAGUCAGACACUCAUUCACUUUUGGAAACUCGAUGGCAAAGGCGAGGCUCACUACCAGACGGCGAACGCCGUGCGCGGCUAUACAGCACUCGUAUCCAAAAGUGGCAAUUUGUUCGCUCUCGAGCGGGGAAAGUGGUAUUUGUUGGAUAUCUUUGAACAGAAGGAUCCAAUACCCGAAAAGGGAACGUACGAAACGCUCGAGUUUUUCAACUGUUACAAAAACUCCACUUUUAAGCUCGAUAAGCCUAUUCUGCCCGUCAAACCCAUUCCCAGUCCAUUGGCCAGCGGUCACGCUAGCAAUGCGAGCGGCAAUAGCAGCGAAACGGUGGCCCCUCUCAACCCCGACGCCACGUCUCCCGCAUCGUCUGAAUCGCCAACCGCUGAGCCCAAAAAGGAGGAGAAAUCGUCGCCAAUGCUUAUCAUUUUGAUUAUAGUGAUUGUGAUUGUGAUUGUGAUAAUCAUUGUUAUCAUUUGUUGCCUCUUCUGCUGUAUGAAAGGAAAGGGAAAGGACGACGAGAAGGACAAAGAGGCCAAACCGGGUUCACCGAAGGCCGGCUCCAAAGUGGGAUCGAAAGUCGGCUCAACGACCGGAGGAGCGAAAGCGGCGUCGACUACGGGAGCGGCGAAGUCAUCGACUGGCGGUGCGGGCGCUGGCGGUGGCAGUAAAGCCGGUGGCGUUAAACCCACUAAAUCCUUGGCUAUGAAGAGCACGUCAUCCGUCGCUUCCGUCCGAUCCACUCAUUAAUUUGAAUUCAAUUUUUGAUUUGACUUUGAAUUCAAUUUUUGAUUUGAUUUUUCAUUAUUUUAUACCAAAUUAUUUCUCCCC